CAGUGGGCUGGAACAUGAACUGAGUUCCGUAUUGACGAUCAGACCGAACAUCAGCGGUUGAUUCAAAUCAAACGUUUCCUCUAAGAGUAUCGCAGGAGAUUUCCAGUUCCUUUACUGGUUUUGGGGAUGCGGGAGUAACCAUGGCACCAGUGGUGUCCAGUAUUGUUGUGUUGGCUCUCUAUGUGAUCCUGUCCCCUCGUGUAUCCGGGGACGAGUGCUUGGGAUACUCAGAAAGGUUCGGGACUCAGAGCACCGUGUCCAGUUAUCAGAGUUCCCAGGAAUGCUUUACAGAAUUUUGCUGUGGUUUCUGCUACAACAGAUAUUGCUGUUCAAAUCCUUUCAUGAGGUUUGAUAAAGAUCAGCAAGAACGAUGUUUGAACAACGUUCACACACUCACUUUACCCGCUGCCAUUGGUGUAGUGUUCGUCUUCUUUGUCUUUACGUUAAUCUUCAUGCUCAUCUGCUGUUGCGUCUUCCCCUCCUGCUGCUUGUACAAGAGGUUCCGACAGCCACGGCCCGACAAUACCCACACUACAGUGGUCACCACCACUCCUCAGCAGUACCCCCAGCAGCCGAUUGCAUUACCUGGGCCCUCCCAGGGAGUGCCCUACCAGUCAGCAACUCUUCAGCCUGGCUUUGCAGCUCAGUAUGGUUACCCAGCUCAGCCCAUGCCCACAUCGCCCUAUCAUGGGCAGGCAUUCCCACCGGGACCACCACCACUGUAUCUGGAAGCAAUCGGUCCUGCCUACAGUUCACAGCCGAUACCUUACAGCCAGGUUGAAUUCACCCACGGACAGCCGGCGUACCCUCUGCUUCAACAGCAUUCCGAGGGAGACUGGGGACAUUGAGUCCGAAUGGACCAUGUUCAGCGUCUCCAUCGCCGAAGCUGCUGCAUUGAGCUGCGGCCGCAAGGUGGUUGGUGCCUGCCGUGGUGGUA